CUGACCUCUUCCUUGCAUAUUUCAGAGCUGCAUCCAGAAUGUGCAUUGUACUUAAGUGACAUUAGGGUCACGGGGAUUCGUGAGGAGAAAAAUAACCUCAAAAACAAACUGGAGGGAAAACUAACCUUUCUCUAUGAUUGGACAAUCUUCUACCACACCCCUGCUUCUCAUUGGCCAGACUUUGGCAAUAGGAUGGACAGGUUGGCAGCAACCGGUGCCACCAAACUAGUGAAGCGGGAAUACCUGAAGGUCAACGUCCCGCGAACCUGUGAGGAGAUCAUGGCCUUCAUCCUCGUACAAGUCCCUCCACCGGUGCCUGGUGCUCCCCGGCCCCGAUUCUCGCUCUACCUCUCCUCUCAGCUGCAGUAUGGGGUCGUCCUUGUGUACUGUCGCCAGUGCCAAUACCUUGUCGAUGAAAUCCAACACAUCUUGGAACGGCUCAGCCGGGCUCAGCAGCAGAUCCGCAUCAACCUGACAGACCUAGAGCAGCCAGGCCUGCUGCUCCCUGACCAGCUGGCCCUGAUGGAAGCCUUCGAGGCAGCGCCUGACCCCUUUUUCGGCAUGAUGGAGCCCCUGCUACCCAGCCCCACAUCCAUUCCGCACGUCAGACACAUCCUGGAGGCCCCUACUCCGGAAAGAAGCCCCCCGGAACGACCUCCAUCUCCCCAGCGCAGGAGGAGAGGAGAGCCCCCCCUCACCGUCUCCCCUGAAGCCAUCACUCUCAAGGAAGCUGAGCCCAUCACGCUGCUUCAAAUCGAGGGCGAGCGAGACCUGCCCGAAAUCACAGCACAGGAGAUCGACAUGUUGGCUGAACAGGAGGGGUUUCUGGUUCCUGGCGAAGAAAGACCCCCGUCACGGCCCCAUGUUUCUCCCAGGAAAAGGCGCGCAGAAGAAGAGCCUACGGAGGAGGUCAGGGAGAGGGAGAUUUCGGUGCCUGCCAGGCUGUCUCCUCCCACACGGGUCGAGGAGGAGCCAUCGGCUGCAAGGGACCUCCAAGGGCUGCUGUUGGCCGAUGAAGACCAACUCCUGGAGGAAGGCCUCCUGUUGCCCCCUCUGGAGGUGACGCCCCCCGCCGAGAGGCCCGGACUGCCCCCUUCUCCCCGCUCGCCCCCUGAGCGACGGCUCCCCCCACUCAGCCCCGAGCUCCACCUGCCAGACUACGAGCCGUCUCCCGCCCGCCCCUCCAAGCGCCGGCGGCAGCUGCGCUUCUUGGACCCGGUGACCCAGAUUUCCCGCGAAGACUUCAAGAAGCAGAUCAUGGACCCGCAGACACAGUGCCAGCCCCUGGAGGCGGUGUUGGCGCCACCAAAGAGGCUGAGGACGCCGGCAGAGCUCCUGGGAGCCCCAACGUAUGGAUGGAUGCACCCCACCCUCCACAGUCUCUGGGGCCGCUGCGCCAACCUCCAGCGCGUGGAUUACGCCAGACAGCGCGCCGUGGAGGAGGCGGCGGCACGGAGAGCGGAGGAGGAAGGUCGGAGGGCUGAGAUCCCCAGCGAUCUGGAGGAGCUGCGAGCAGCUGAAGAACCCAGCGUCCCUCCUAUCGGCUCAUCAGAAAUUUCCCUGGAGACCACAGAGGAAGAGCCUCGCCCUAGCUUGCUGGUGGACGAAGAGAGAAUCCUUGUGGAGCCAGAGGAGGUGGCCUUGCCGGUGGCCUUGCCGGUCGUGCCCGAACUCCCAGAAAUAAGCUUUGAGCUGCCUCUGGAGAAGGACAUGAUCACCCUGGACUAUGUGUGCCGGUUGGUUGCAGCCAGACUGGAGCAGGUGGGAGAGACGACGUUUGACCAGCUGGUGCUCCUCACGACUUCACGGGCGGUGGCCAGCCGCUUCUUCUACCUGUGCCUGGUUCUGGCUGCCUCCCAGUACCUCCGCCUGGAGCAAACGGAGCCCUUUGGAAGGAUUGUCAUUAAGCCAGGGACCCGUUUCCACCCCAGCUAGCCGAUAUUGUCCCGCUGGCUUCCCCAAGGCGUGAGCCUAGAACAGGGUGUGGGUGGACUUGUCCGCCCAAGGAAGACCUCCGCGAGGGAAGAGUUACUGUUUGUUAUGUGAAGUUUUAAAGCGGGGGGCGGGGGGGGGGGAGAGAUGCUU